AAAUCGGAGCCACGAGUUGGGUCGUUUUCAUGACAUAGAGCUGAACGUUACAGGCUUCAGCACAGCUGACCUGGAAUGCAUUGGGCUGUGCAGGUGUCCCUGAGAAAGGGGACACUGAGUGUAGACUUGUCUCCCCAGGACACUCAGCCACAGCUGAAACCGUGUGUCCGUUAACUGAUGGACAGACAAGACAUUUUUAAAACCUGCCGGGGUUUCAGCUUCUGGCUGAAGAUGUUCUCCGGCUUCUCUUUGACACGAAUCCACGUCCUCGGGGUUUGUGCUGUUGGUUUGACAGAAGAAGACAUGACACGAUAAUGUCACGUCUUCUCAGCCGUUUCCAUUGUUUUGACUUUUUAUAGAUGAGGAGAAGAAGUGAAUGCUUGAGGAAUCGAUCCGCCGAUGGACUGAUAGUCCUCUCCCCCGUGAGGGUUCAGACGGUGGUUGCUUCGUGUUUGCUUAGCAGAUGUAGUUUCCUCUUGACGGAACCGAAUGCUGAACGUCGUAACCGAACCGUGACCUGAACUCCCGCAGGCAGGAUUUACUGCAGGUGUGUCGGACCAGCCUUCAGCUCCGGUGAGCCCGGUCAGGUGGCGGCUGGGACAUGUGCAAUCACUCCAGUCCUAGUGACUCUGCUUCAGAUUUUAUCAGGAGGAAACCCUGCUGGACCUGGAGCGAACGGUUGCUGCCACAAACUGGAACCAGACUAAGACCUUCCUCUUUCAGGUGGUCCUGGUCCGGUUGUUUGCGUGACAGCUGUCACAGCAGCCGAAACAAACCGAACUCACCUGGCAAACACAGCAGGGAUUGUGUUGAUUGGACCAAACAGAUCAGUGGUCUGUGCGCGUUUGCCCCCACCCACCCGACAUGCCGAUGGACAUGGCUUUACCUCUGUACCUGUCCAAGGAGGAGUUUGUCUACAGGACGACCCCCAAAACACGCAAACCUGCUCUGAGCUCCUGCCUGAGGUUUCAACGUUCACGCCGUGUGGAUCAGACUGAGCCCGAGGAUGGAAAAGCCAAAAAACAGGUGACGUUUGCUGAUCACAAAGGCCUGUCUCUAACCAAGGUGAAGAUCUUCUCCGAGUUCAACGACCCCAUCGAUAUUCCUCUGAACAUCCAGGAGAUGCUGAGCUCUGCUCUCUCUCUGACGUCCGAGGUGGACAAGCUGGUGCUGGACUUCACUCAGCCCUCCUCGGACUACCUGCACUUCCGCCAGAGCCUGGAGACGAACUACGUCUGCCUGGAGCACUGCGUGCUGAGGGAGAAGGCUUUGGCAGGAACCGUUAAAGUCAAAAACGUGUCCUUCGAGAAGUCUGUCAAGCUGCGGGUGACCUUUGACACCUGGAAGAGCCACGCAGAUGUGGACUGCGUGUACAUGAAGGACACGUAUCCCAGCGCGUACAGCGACACCUUCUCCUUCGAGGUGUCCCUGCCCGAGGAGCUGCGGCCUCGCGAGCGCGUCGAGUUCGCCGUCUGUUAUGAGGUGGGUGGACGCGAGUACUGGGACAGCAACCGGGGCAGCAACUACAGGAUCGUCUGGUCCUCCGCCAGGAGGAGCCGUCAGGACGCCUGCAGCUGCCACACGGACUCCUUUGGCUUUGGGAUUCAUUUUGACCGAUACGGCAGCCCCACCUGUUCACACGGGAUCUUCCCCGAUUGGCCGAGUUACGCGGGAUACGAGACUGUCGGCCCGUACUACUGAACGUUGGUGGUUGUUUCCGUUGCUAGUUUCUUCUGUUGCACGUCACGCACGCCAACUCUUCGGGUUUCAGCAAAACUCGCUUUUCUGAAUGCAAAAUACGUCCCAUGUGAAUCGUGAGAGGGGUUUUUUUUGGUUCUUUUUUUGGUGGAGGGGGGUUCAGGUGUGGUUGCUGUUAGAUGUAAAUGUCCUGUCAUCUCCCGCCACUGCUCCGCCUGCUGACUGGGGCUACAACUAACUGUUAGUUUCUUUAUUAACUGAGUGAUUGUUUGCUGUAUGAAAUAUCAGGGACACAGUUGAAAAUAUCCUUCCUCGUCUCGUCUCCCUUUGCUUUGUCCGCCCAACAGACCAAAACCCCAGAGACAUUCAGUUUACUGACGACGGCAAAGCCUCACACUGGAACUCAUGGUAAUUUACUAUUAUUUUUUUUUAAAAACGUGAACCAGAAAACUUUCAGCUGUCGUAAUUUUUACCAGUGUGAGAGGCUGUAAAUCACUAGAGGAUGUGGUGUAGUUAUAAUCAGGUUGACACUUCAUGUCCUUGUCUCUAAAGUUGUACUUGAACCUGACACGUUGAUGUUUAGUAAAACUGAAUCGAUUUUCUGUCUUUUUUUUUGUUUUUUUUUAAUUGUCUUUUAGUGUGCACCUGCUUUCAGGGGUUUAAUGUGUCUGAGUGGGAUAUAAAUUUUAAAAAGUAAUUCAAAAAUAUUGGUCAAUAAAGUCACACAUUUAAUAA